GAGGCGGGAAAAAAGCCUUGCGGCCCGCGGCGGCUUCCGUAGGGCGCCUCGGUGUAUCCCGACGUGGCCCGCGCCUCGCCCUCCCUCGGGCCCCGCCUCUAUCCCAUCAUCCCCCGCGCCGCCCCGCCCCUCAGGGGACUCAGGUGUGCGGCUCCGGUGCCGGACCCCCCCGGCGAGCCGCCAUGCACGGGCGCCUCAAGCUCCGCCCCUCGGAGGCGCAGGCCGCCGCCCGCCGCCGGGAGCGGGAGGAGAAGCUCCGCCUCUACCGCACCGCCAUGGCCACCAUCUUCGAGAAGCGGCGCCGGGGGCAGCUGGACGCGGAGGCGCUGGGGCUGGCGGCGGCGGUGCUGGCGGCCAACCCGGACGUGGGCACCCUAUGGAACGUGCGGCGCGAGGGGCUGGGCCCCGCGCCCCCCCCCGGCUGGGCGGCGGCGGAGCUGGCGCUGGCCGGGGGCUGCCUGGGCGUCAACCCCAAGUCGUACGGCGCCUGGCACCACCGCGCCUGGGUGCUGCGCCGGGGGGGCGGCGCCGGGGGGGCCGAGGGGGCCCUCUGCGCCCGCCUCCUCGCCGCCGACCCCCGCAACUUCCACGCGUGGGAGCACCGGCGGGCGGUGGCGGGGCCGGCGGGGGCGGGGGCCGAGCUGGCCUUCGCCGGGGAGCUGCUGGCCCGCGACUUCUCCAACUUCUCGGCCUGGCACCACCGCGGGGCGCUGCUGGCCGCCGCCCGGACGCCUGGGCCCCGCGGGGGGGGCGGCCUGCCCCCCGCCCAGCUGCGCCAGGAGCUGGAGCUGGUGCACAACGCCGUCUUCACCGACCCCAACGACCAGAGCGCCUGGGUCUAUCUGCGCUGCCUGCUGUCGCGCGGCCGCCUGCCGCCCGCCAUCAUCUGCCUCUACGCCGACCGCGAGGACGCGACGCUGGCGGCCACCUUCUCCCGGCCCGUCAUGGUCGCCGAGGGCGGCGGCGAGCUGGAGCUGACGGUGGACGAGGCUCCCGUUGACGUGACCUGGCGCUCGGCCGAGGGGAGGCACCGGCCCGGCCACGUCUGGCUCUGCGACCUGCCGCCGGCCGCCCUGGAGCCGCCCGGGCCCGGGUGCCGCCUCCUCCGGGUGACCUGGCGGCCCGGCCCCGCCCACCGCGACCUCCUGCUGGAGCCCGGCAGCAAUGAAUCCUGGAGCCGGGAGCCCGUGACGGCGCGGGAGCUCUUCUGGCCGGAAAUGGGCGGGGCCGACCCGGCGGUGCUGCAGGAGCAGGUGGAGACGUGUCGGGAGCUGCUGGAGCUGGAGCCGCGGAGCCGGGGGCCGCUGCUGACGCUGGCGCUGCUGCUCUGCUGCCUGGACCCGGCGUCGCACGAGGCCGAAGCCCUGCGCUGCCUCCGGGCCCUGCUGGAGGCGGACCCGCUGCGGGGGGGCUUCGUGCGGGACCUGGGCUCGCGGGCGGCCGCCGCCGCCGGGAUCCUGCGGCUGGAGGGGGAGGGGGGCGCCGAGGCCCCGCCCCCCGCCGGGCCCCGCCUCCGCCUCGCCGGGCGGGAGCUGACGUCGCUGCCGCUGCUGGAGCGGCUGCCGCUGGCGGCGGCCCUGGAGCUGGGGGGGAACCGGCUGCGGGGGCCCCCCCCGGCGCUGGGGGGGCUGCGGCGGCUGCGGGUGCUGGACCUCUCCCACAACGAGGUCGCGACCCUGGCCGGGUUCCCGCCCCUCCCCCGCCUGGAGGAGCUGCUGCUGGACGGCAACCCCAUAAGCCACGCCCCCGCCCUUGCCCCGUUGGCCGCCUGCCCCCGCCUGGCUCGCCUGGGAUUGGCCGGGACGCCGCUGGCCGCCGCCCCCGAGGCCGCCGCCCGCCUGGCCGAGCUCCUCCCCCGCGUGCGGGUCGCCCUCGCCUGAUUGGGCGGCGCCCGCCGGAGGCACCGCCCACCCCCCCCCCGCAAUAAAGUCACGUGACCUGGG